AUGUCUAGUAGUAAGGUUGUUUAUAAAAAUGUGCCAAAAUCUGAAAUAUUUGAUGAACCUCCGAAAUACGAAGCGCCGCGAGGCAUCGGCGCCCGUCACUUACAAGUUCUCAUCCUCUUCACCAGCCUUUCUAUCGGGUUUACCAUCAAAGCUCAUCUCAGUGUUGCCAUGGUUGCCAUGACUUCUCAUGAGUCUUGUACAAGGAAUAUAAGCAAUGGCAAUGAGACCUUUAAUGAAACGAGUGAGUGUGACAGGAAGACUUCUAGUGUGUUUCAGACAUAUAAUUGGAGUAAAAAGCAACAAGAAAUAACACUCUUCGCAUUCUUCGUCGGCUAUACAACAAUGAUGGUGCCAAUGGGAAUCUUGGCACAAAAGUUCGGCGGCAAGAUUCCUUUCAUGGUCGGAUUGGCUGUUAAUGGUGUCACUUCUAUAAUUACUCCGUGGAUACCCCAAUUUGCAGGAUGGAUAGGGGUGUGUAUAUGCCGUCUGUUACAAGGUGCAACGCAAGCGGCUUUUUAUCCCAGUAUUCACGCAAUGUUAGGGAAAUGGGCACCCCUGAGUGAGAGAGGACGGCUCAGCACUUACGUAUACACAGGAUCGCAAUUUGGAACUAUAAUAUCCUUCCAAGUCUCCGGUUUCUUUUGUGGAAGCCCCAUGUUUGGCUGGCCGUCAUCCUUCUGGCUCUGGGGGAGUUUGGCCUUAGUUUGCUUCUGCAUGUUAGCUAAAUAUGGCUCCGCUAGCCCUCAGCAGCAUAAAACCAUUAGUACUGAAGAACUGGCGUUUAUUAUGGGUGAUAGUGCUGCUGAUGCUGUUCCUAAGAAGCGGUCAACUCCUUGGAAGCAUAUCCUCACAAGUUCAGCGGUCUGGGCAUGCAUUAUAGCACACGCGGGCUCAGCUGUCGGUUACUUGUUCGUCCUCACUCAAUUACCUCUCUAUAUGAACAAAGUCCUUGGCGUCAACAUCAAGGAGAAUGGGGUGCUAUCAUCUUUACCUUACAUAUCGAUGUAUUUUAUGGCAAUAGGUUUUGGAAUCCUCACAGAUUUCUUGAAGAAUCGGAAUUUUAUGAGUCUUAUUAAUAUUAGAAGAUUUUGUAAUACAGUUGGUCUGGUAUUGUCUUCAAUAUUUUUAUUAGGGACGUGUUAUGUGAAUACGACUUGGUUAGCCGUCACCUUAUUGGUUAUUAGUCUGGGGCUACAUUCUGGAGUUCAUACCGGGUAUCAUAUCAACCACAUAGAUUUGGCGCCGAAUUUUGCAGGUCCAAUGAUGGGGCUGGGUAACAUGGUCGCCAAUUUGUCAGGCCUGUCUAUUCCAUUCCUAGUGUCUACCAUCGUUGGAGAUGACAUGGCAAAUCAUCAUAAGUGGCAAAUCACAUUUAUUGUUGUGGUGGCGGUUCAGAUCGUGACGAAUAUAAUCUUCGUCGUUUUUGUAAGAGUCGAUCUUCAAUCUUGGAACUUUUAUGGCGACGAUGAAAACGGUAUGAAAAUAAUAUAUAACGCCAUGAUAAUAGUAUAUUCUAAGUCGCUGACAGGUUUGAGGGCUGCCGAUCUUCUUGUAUAUAAUUAUUGUACCGUAUACAAUAACGACACUAAUGCGCCAUUUUACAAAAUGGCUAUUGCGGAAAAGAACCAAGUUUAUGAAAAAGUGCCAAUAAAUGAAGUGAUAAGUGAAAAUGAGGAAAAACAAGUACCUGCCUACGGCUAUGGAAUCCGUCACGUCCAAGCCAUUAUACUCUUCAUCUGCAUGUUGAUUGGUUAUAUGGCAAGAACACACCUAGGAGUCACUAUUGUAGCAAUGACGAGUGCCAUUGCUCAUGACAAAUCUAUAUUGAAUAUGACUGUCAUUGAAGCAAAUGAAACAGAAUUUAAUAUAACUGGUGGUUUGGAUUAUAAUGUUACUAACAGUAGUUAUGAUCUAAAUAGUUCAAACAGUAGCGAUGAAGACGGUAUAUGGAAUGUUUAUCGGACGUACGACUGGUCAAAACCUAUACAAGAUUCGAUCUUAGGUGCUUUCUUCGUUGGAUAUUGCAUCGCUAUGUUUCCCACCGGUAUGAUCUGCCAACGCUUCGGUGGGAAACUGCCACUUCAGAUAAGUUUGCUGAUAAACGGAAUUGUAACUUUAGCGACUCCAACGGUUGCUGUAUGGGGUAGCUGGAAGGCAGUAUAUUGUUGUCGAGUCAUACAAGGAUUAAGCCAAGCCUGUCUUUACCCAAGUGCCCACUGCCUCUUAGCAAAAUGGGCCCCCGUCAGUGAAAAGGCCACUAUUAGUAGUUUUAUUUACACUGGGACGUUACUGGGAACAGUUAUUGCCUUUCAAAUAGGAGGGUUAUUGGCCGGAACUGCCGCAGGGUGGCCAAGUACCUUUUGGAUAACAGGCGCCUUAUGUCUAGCGGCUUCUCUGAUGUUAGCCGUUUUCGGCGCUGCUAGUCCCGAUGUUCACAAAACUAUCACCGAGGCUGAAAAAAAUUACAUUUUGGGGAAGAUUGAUGAUGGUACAAACAAAAAGGCUGCCAAGGCACCAUGGAAACGUAUCUUCACAUCUAUACCUCUUUGGUCUACAUUUGCUACUCACACAGCAGCAGGGAUCAGUUUUGUAUUUCUCUUUACUCAAAUACCGUCGUACAUGCAUUAUAUACUCGGCUUUAACGUCAAAGAUAGUGGACUUCUAUCCUCACUGCCCUACGUAGCGAGUUCUAUCGCGAAUAUUGGUUUUGGAGUCUUAUCAGACUUCUUCAUCAACAGGAACUAUCUCUCCACUAAAAAUGCGCGUAAGGUGUGCAACUGUCUUGCUCAAUGGGGUCCCGCGGUAUGUCUGGUGUUAGUUACUUUUACAAACAGUAGUGCACUAGCAGUAUUACUACUAAUUAUGGCAGUGGGACUAUCUGCAGGAAUUCAUUCUGGAUGGAUGGUUAAUUACAUAGACUUGUCACCAAACUUCAGUGGUUCUUUGAUGGCCACUGGCAACACCUUUUCUACAAUAUGCAUCACCCUUUUGCCCGUUCUUGUAUCUAAUGUGGUCACCGAUGUGUAUGAUCCACAGCAGUGGCGCAUCGUCAUGUUUGUCAUGGCGGCCAUCAUAUCAGUCUGCAACGCAUUUUUCGUCUUCUUCAUGUCUGCUGACAAGCAGCCUUGGGACCAGGUCGAUGAUGAAGAAAAAAUGGAAGCCGAAAAACCUCUACAAUCGAGUUUAAGCUAUGGCUACCGACAUCAGCAGACCUUAUUGCUGUUCUUUUGCUACAUGGCAGCAUUCAGCUUAAGGUCAUUCAUGGGAGUAGCCUUAGUAGCCAUGAUGCAUGGACAUCACAAUGAACGCACUACAAACUCAAGUUUAGAAGCUGGAAAUGAUACAGAUAUGGGAAGUGUUGGAGUGUUUAAUGGAAUAUUUUUUCAUGAACCGUUUCCAACACUACAAUGGGAUAAAAAAUCUCAGGACUAUAUUUUGGCUUCAUUCGGAUUAGGAUACGUAAUUCUUCAGAUACCAGCGGGACAAAUCGUCCACCGGUUUGGUACGCGUUACCUUCUUACCAGUGCUUUGGUUAUAAAUGGAUUGCUUUCUUUUGUUACUCCGUGGGCGGCUUAUUACGGAGGCUGGAUAUUUGUGAUGGUUCUCCGAAUGAUUCAAGGCUUGGGCCAGUCUUGUUUCGUAGCAGGUAUGCACAGGUCAUUCGGGAAAUGGGCACCGUUGGAAGAACGAAGCCAAUUGACGGCAUUUGCGUAUGGAGGUCAACCUUUAGGAACUGUCGUUGGGUUGUUACUGACGGGCUACUUAGCAGCCUCUCCUGUUGGAUGGCCAGGCGUUUUCCGCUUCUACGGUCUUUUAUCACUGAUCGUCGCCAUCAUCUUCUGGUUCCUUGGAGCUGAUUCACCUAGACAACACCCUCGAAUUUCUGUCGCUGAGAGACAAUAUAUCGAGGAAGCUCUCAAAAACACAGAGGCUAAAGGAAAGAAACAUCUUAAAGUUCCUUGGAAACAGUUGCUAUGCUGCAGAGGCAUGAUCGCCGUCGCAAUAGCCCAUAUUGGACAGGGAUGGUUUCAGAUGACGAUGUAUUCUGAAAUUCCGUCUUUUAUGGACAAAGUGAUGAAGGUCGAUAUAAAAAUUAAUGGCCUCCUCACAGGAAUACCGUUCUUUGUUAUGUGGCUUACCAACUUCUUCUUCAGCUGGUUCAUCGACAUGGUUAUUGUCAAGAAGUGGCUCUCCGUCAUCAAUGCUAGAAAAUUAGCUCAAAGCAUGGGAACUAUACCAACGGUGGUAGGACUAAUCUCUCUUGCCUAUGUGAAGAAAGACAUUGUGCUAGUGGAGACGAUACUAAUUUUUACUUGCGCUUUUGAAACAGCAGUGUUUUCGGGAUUUUUUAUAAACAUCAUCGAUUUAGCUCCAAACUUUGCUGGCCCCAUGAUAAGCAUUAGCAAUUUUGUAACAAACGUAUUCGCUUCCGUAGCACCUGUAAUCGCUGGAGUUGUACUAAAUGAGGAUGUUACAAGCCAGCACCUAUGGGGAAGGUUAUUUUUCAUAGUAGGUGGGAUUUAUUUAGUAACUUAUAUAAUAUACCUUUCCAUUGGAACAGCCGAGGUGCAAAAAUGGAAUGAUCCUGAAGAAGAAACGAGAAGAAAUAUAGAGGCAGGAGAAGAAAACCCAAUGCUUUAGACUUUUGCAUAAUAUAGCUAUUUUGAGCGGGAUUUUACACAGAAUAUUAAGAUUAAUAAUACAUACGAAAGUGUAAA